AUGAACAACGAGGACCACUCCGUGGCCAAGUUCUACACCAACCUUUGGCUCAAUGCAGCUAUCGGUGGUGGGGCCUUCCUCUCUUUCUGUAUGCUCCGACGGUUCGGACCCUCGGGCCUGCAACGGUUCUUCAACCCCUUCCGACGAAAGUCGGCGACAGAGGAGGGCAGGCUUCCAGAGCUGGACGAGCACCCUGAUGAAGAGGAGGACCCACAGUCGGUAGAUACCAGCUUCUUGCACUGGGCUUGGCGAGCCCUCGGGGUGCGGGAGGCCGACGUGUUCAGUCAACACGGGGAAGAUGGAGUGAUGUACAUCCGCUUCUUGCGUGUGUGCUUCAUGAUGUGCCUCGUGAUGAUGGUCGUUGGCUGCGCCAUCAUCCUCCCCAUCAACUUCACCGCCAACGACGAUGACCGGUCCCAGCGCCAGGACAUGGGCGUGUUGACGAUGUCGAACAUCCCCAAACGCUCGGACAGGUUCAUGGCGCACAUCGCGGUCACCUACUUCUACUCGUUCCUCUUCUACGGCGUCAUCAUGUGGACCUUCAAGCGCUACACAGCGCUCCGAACCUCUUAUCUCACAGCCAACUGCGUGCGCGCCUACACUCUCCUCCUCCGCGGGAUACCCAGCGACCUCCUCGGGAAGAAGGUGCUCCGGCGCUGGUUCGAGGCCCGGCUCAACGCCUCAGUGGUGGCUGUCAACUUUGUGUGGAGCGCCGGCCGAUUGGACUCGCUCAAGGAGCAGCGAAGCAAGCUGCUCGUCAAGCUGGAGAAGGCCGAGAUGCAAGCGGACCGCACGAUCUACACCAGAAGUGGCAUUUUCGAACUGUUCGGAGAGAAGGUCGAAGCGGCCGACUUCUACAAGGAGCGAAUCGAACAGCUGGACCAGGAGAUUAGCUGUCUGCAGCAAGAGAAGAGCAGACGCAUGGAGAAGUCCGGAGCGGGCUUCGUCACCCUCUCCACGACUCUUUUCAAUCGCAUGAAGAUGGUGGCCUUUGCUGAUCCCACCUCAAUGACCAUCUCCCCGGCGCCCGCUCCCAGCGACGUCAACUGGAAGCAAGUCGAUACGGGCUACGUGUCCCAUCUAUUCCGUAUGGGCGUUAUCACCCUCAUCCUCGUCGUCAUCAGCCUGGCAUGGACCAUUCCUCAGACGCUCAUCGUCUCCGUGGCCAAUCUGUCGACGCUGCAAGAGGUCUCUGGGUUCGAGUGGGUUGCCGACUCCAUCACCUACGGCAUUCGGCCCACCGGGCUGGCGAUUCUCGAGGGCUUCCUGCCGGCCGUCGUCAUCACGCUGCUGCUGAUCCUCGUGAAGCACCUCUUCAAGUUGGCCUACACCCGAUUUGGCGGGCUGUCCUGCUACUCGCUGGCCGAGUGGUACGCCAUGAUCAUGUACUCGUUCUUCCUCUUCCUCAACGUGUUCCUCGUGGUGGCCGUCGAAGGCACCUUCUUCCUGGCCCUGGCCCAAAUCGUGGAAGAGCCCAGCGAGAUGGUCUCAUUGCUGGCCAACUCUCUGCCGCAGCAGGCCUUGUUCUUCAUCAUCUUCAUCAUGGUGCAAGGCAUCGGCCGUUUGUCCUUCCAGCUCUUCCGCUUCGUGCGCCUCAUCCGCUGCGCCGUCAAGUGGUGCCUCCUUGCUCGCCCCAUCACGCCGAGCGAGAGACGCGACCUGCUGACGGCGGGCGACUUCGAUUUCGUCUCGGGCUACUCCAACGGCCUUCUGAUCUUCACCAUCACGCUGUGCUACAGCGUCAUGGCCCCGCUCAUCGCCGUCUUCGGCUUCCUCUUCUUCGCGCUGUCCCUCCUCAUCGACGGCUACAACCUCCAUCGCGCCACCGAGCAGAGGUGGCAGGGCGGCGGCAAGGCCUUCUCCUUCGUGCUGCACCACCUGAUGGUGUCCUGUAUCGUCUUCCAGGUGGUCAUGAUCGGCAUCCUCAGCCUGAGCGAGUACGGCGGCGGCGUUGCCCUCGUGCCGCUGCCCUUCCUCACCGCCGCCCUCUGGUUCGUCCUGCACUUCGGGUGGUCGCACGUCAUCAACUACGGACCCGUCGACGCGGCCACCGAGACCACCUGGCGCGACACCAUCAGCGAGACCCGCAUGACGCUGGCCUACCGUCAACCGGCCCUGGCCCCGCACGGCCUCGAGCUCAAGAGCACCGAGGAGGCCUUUGGCGCGGGAGUCCACGCAAUGCAGCCGCGAGCCGAAGGCGAGGACGAGGACGAGGACCACGAGAAGAAGAGCCUGAACGAAGCCGAGCCCGUCGGCGACAGCCUCGGCCUCUCACUGCAGGAGGACCGCUGA